AUGUACCGGCGACUUACGUUCUCCAACCAAACUUUAGUGAGACGCAAUUUCACCUUUGCUCGUUACAAGAUGAUGGAGCAUGUUAGAGAUGCGGGCAACAAAGAAAACCCCCAAAGAAGGCAGAGGCUGCAGCGCGCCCAAAAACUUAGGAAAAAGGAUACCUAUGCACAUGUUCAUUAUUUAAUUCGCCAGAGAGAAUUGAAAUACCGUGGUCUGUACUAUCACAUCCAAGUCGAUGUUUUACAUCCAACUCUGGAGGAGUGA